GUGCUCAGGAAUGAGCGGAGGCCCGGGAGGCAGGCCCCGGCGGAGGAGCGAUGGAGAGUAAAGGCCUGGACGGCUCCCAGACGGAUCUGAAGCUUGUGGCGCACCCCCGUGCCAAGAGCAAGGUCUGGAAGUACUUUGGCUUUGACACCAACGCCGAGGGAUGCAUCCUGCAGUGGAAGAAGAUCUACUGUCGCAUCUGCAUGGCUCAGAUCGCCUACUCCGGCAACACCUCCAACCUCUCCUACCACCUGGAGAAGAAUCACCCCGACGAGUUCUGUGAGUUCGUCAAGAGCAACACGGAGCAGAUGCGCGAGGCCUUCGCCACCGCCUUCUCCAAGCUGAAGCCCGAGUCCUCCCAGCAGACCGCGCAGGAUCCGCUGGCCGCCAAGGCCGGCCACGGCCACGAGAGCAAGAAACAACAAGAGCUGACGGCCGCCGUCAUCGGCCUCAUCUGCGAGGGGCUGUACCCCGCCUCCAUCGUGGAUGAGCCCACCUUCAAGGUGCUCCUGAAGACGGCCGACCCCAGGUACGAGCUACCCAGUAGGAAGUUCUUCUGCACCAAGGCCAUCCCUGAGAAGUACGGCGCUGUCCGCGAGGCGGUGCUGAAGGACCUCGCCGAGGCCUCCUGGUGCGGCAUCUCCACCGACCUGUGGCGCAGCGAGAACCAGAACCGGGCCUACGUCACGCUGGCGGCCCACUUCCUGGGCGCCGGCCCCGCCAGCUGCCUGGCGGUGGGCUCCCGCUGCCUGAAGACGUUCGAGGUGCCGGAGGAGAACGCGGCGGAGACCAUCACCCGGGUGCUCUACGAGGCCUUCAUCGAGUGGGGCAUCAGCGCCAAGGUCUUUGGGGCCACCACGGACUGCGGGAAGGACGUCGUGAAGGCGUGCUCGCUGCUGGACAUCGCCGUGCAGAUGCCCUGCCUGGGGCACACGUUCAACGCGGGCAUCCAGCAGGCCUUCCAGCUCCCCAAGCUGGGCGGGCUCCUGGCCCGCUGCCGUAAGCUGGUGGAGUACUUCCAGCAGUCCACGGUGGCCAUGUACAUGCUCUACGAGAAGCAGAAGCAGCAAAACGUGGCCCACUGCAUGCUCGUCAGCAACCGCGUGUCCUGGUGGGGCAGCACGCUGGCCAUGCUCCAGCGUCUCAAGGAGCAGCAGUUUGUCGUCGCCGCCGUGCUGGUGGAAGACAGCAACAACCAUCACCUCAUGCUGGAAGCCGCCGAGUGGGCCACCAUCGAGGGGCUGGUGGAGCUCCUCCAGCCCUUCAAGCAGGUGGCCGAGAUGCUCUCUGCCUCCAAGUACCCCACCAUCAGCAUGGUGAAGCCCCUCUUGCACAUGCUGCUCAACACCACACUCAACAUCAAGGAGACGGACUCCAAGGAGAUCAGCAUGGCCAAGGAGGUCAUCGCCAAGGAGCUGUCCAAGACCUACCAGGAGACGCCCGAGAUCGACAUGUUCCUGAACGUCGCCACCUUCCUGGACCCCCGCUACAAGAGGCUGCCCUUCCUGUCCGCCUUCGAGAGGCAGCAGGUGGAGAACCGGGUGGUGGAAGAAGCCAAGCGCCUCCUGGAGAAGGUCAAGGAUGGCGGCUACCGGCCGCCCGAGGACAAGAUCUACGCGCUGCCCGAGGAGCCCCCGGUGAAGAAGCUCGUGCUGGCGUCCACGCCCCCGCCCACCAGCGUCAUCAACAGCAUGCUGGCCGAGAUCUUCUGCCAGACGGGGGGCGUGGAGGACCAGGAGGAGUGGCACGCCCAGGUGGUGGAGGAGUUGAGCAACUUCAAGUCUCAGAAGGUGCUGGGCCUCAACGAAGACCCCCUCAAGUGGUGGUCCGACCGCCUGGCGCUUUUCCCCAUGCUGCCCAAGGUCCUGCAGAAGUACUGGUGCGUGGCGGCCACCCGCGUCUUCCCCGAGCGCCUCUUCGGCUCCUCGGCCAACGUGGUGAGCGCCAAGAGGAACCGGCUGGCCCCGGCGCACGUGGACGAGCAGAUCUUCCUGUACGAGAACGCCCGCAGCGGCGGCGGCGGGGAGGCCGAGCCCGAGGACGAGGACGAGGGCGAGUGGGGCCUGGACCACGAGCAGGUGUUCCCCCUGGGGGACGCCGUCCACGGUGGCUUCUUUGGGAUCAGGGACGGCGGCUUCGUGUAGCGGGUGCCGACGGGGAACG